AUGAGAUGUCCACAGACAUGUGGUCGCACUAAUCAUACGAAUAUUGGUCGAGGUAUUCACUUAAAGUUUGGUAGUUGUCAGCAACAAAUACGUAACAUCUACAGAUUUCUGCAGCUUUAUUCACGUUUAGAUGUUAAAAAUAAAUGUAACUGUAAUAAUGAAAGUAUCCAGGCUUUCAUCCAUAAGACCAAUAAAAUGUUGAACGAAGAUUUGGAAAGUUCACUUAUGAAGGAAGUAGAAGAUGUCCUGAGUAAAGCACACAUAACUCUUUUACCACAACAAGCUCAAGAAAAAUCUGUCCUCUUAUUAAAAUCUGAGAAGUCCAUGUUGAAGUCAGAGCGCAGAAGAACCACCUGUGAAAGCAAAACUCAGAGAGAGAUUAAUACGACUGUAGUAAAACAGAAAAAGUGUGUCCCUGUACAUAUGAAGGCUCCGUACAAAGCUGAUAUUUUGUCAAAACGCCAGCCAGUUAAACCGUUCAGAAAAGCGGAAAAAUAUGUUGGUGAAAGUAAAGAACAUGAAAUCGUGGAAUGUAGUGAACACAAAAAGUCUGUUCAGCAAGAGCACCUUGUAAUUUACUCACAUGUAGUGUGCACUUGCAGUCAGAUUCAGACAGCAGCGUUGGUUAAGCAGGUGGACAAGGAUUUUCAUCGUCUGCGGACUUUAGUCCUGAGAACAGAGCAGUUAGCAAGAUGGGAAGAUGGAGGAAUUCUGUUGAAGUUAUAUCGAAAAGUAAGUAUUUCGCGUGUAUGAUAUUCAUUGUGUUUACUACACGGAAUGCUAUUCUUUGACCACAUGUAUAUAUGUCGUGUUAAACCUUUGUGUAGCAAUUGUUUACGAUGUUAAUAGUAAAUGUGGCAGUUGAUUACGAUUAUUAUUUCAACGGCUGUUAGCACACAAUGAUAAGUUUUUGAUUUUCGUGAUAUUUUGAGCAAGAUUGCUGCCCAUGAUCUCAACAAUUCGUAGAAUUAUUUUCAAUCCCUAGAACUAAAAACAAUUCCAAAUCCUUAUUUCCAAUCACAUUCCAUCACAAAGUGAAAUCAUUUGACGAAAUCAACUAAGUCCCUACAAACCAAC